GUAAGUUUGUCCGAUCCAUCAAAUAUGUUGAUUAUUGACAUUUCGCACUGAAAAAUGUUGAUUUCAUCGUGAGAAAGCCCAUCAAAAUUAACGUGGUUAGAUCGCCGAGCGAGACACCGAUUGCGAACCGUGCGUUGUAUGUGUUUUGCGACGGCAGGCAAACGUGAAAAAUGGACCCCAGACGAAAACUAUCGACUCAAGGCGACAGCCUGUACGAAAUCUUAGCCCUACCGAAAACGGCGACCGGCGAAGAGAUCAAGAAAACGUACAGACGUCUGGCGCUCAAAUAUCAUCCGGACAAGAACCCGAACAAUGUGGAGGCGGCCGAGAAAUUCAAGGAGAUUAACAGGGCACACACGAUUCUGAGCGACGCGACCAAACGGAACAUCUACGACAAUUACGGAUCGUUAGGACUGUACAUUGCCGAACAGUUCGGCGAGGAGAAUGUUAAUGCCUAUUUCGUAGUCACGUCCACGUGGUGCAAGGCGUUGUUCGUCGUUUGCGGCAUAAUAACCGGCUGCUACUGCUGCUGCUGUCUGUGCUGCUGCUGCAACUUCUGUUGCGGCAAGUGCAAGCCGCGACCGCCCGAGGACACCGGCGACUAUCACACCCUUAACCGCGAUGGCGGACCUAGUGGCGAGCCGGUUGUGACCCAGCCGGGUAAAAGGGACGACAACCUGAGCGACGACGCGGCCCCGAACGCGUCGCGGUCCGGAUCGCCGGUGACGUCGCAGCCGUCGCCUAACAAGGGAACGAACCUGCCGGUGUUCGCGAUGCCGCCACCGCCCGGCAUGGGCGAGAGCGCCGCCCUCAACCAGGGCGACGUGCCCAACUACACGCUGCCGUAAAAACAAAACGGCGGUCGUUACAAUUCUUCGACUUUUCCCCCCAAAAAUAAAAACACCUUAAACGCAAAUAUUUAAUGCAAUUAACAAAUGGGAAAACGAACGGCCACCACUAAUUGAAGUAAUCUCAUUAUUUAGGGUCGGUCACGUUCAUUCCGGUGGUUCUCUAUUUUAUUUCAUUCUUGUGUUAUUGAAUAUACAUAAAUUAUUAAUCUUGUUGUUAGCCUAAGUCAAAGUUUUUGUUCAUGAUGAUGUCACGAAUGCGCCCGAACGAAUUACACUGUUUUGUAAAUUGUUGAUUUCGUGUUUACGGCAACUCUCUGGAUAUAUGUUAUUCUUCCAUGGUGUACAUAAUUGUUUUUAAUAACACGGUUUUCAUUUUUAGCGAUGUUUUAUGAGUAUUUUCUUUCAGUCUGAACGUAUUCAACCUACACUAGCUGGAUUGUUACAAUUAUAAUUAUCGACAUAAUUGUAAUUACGAACUUAUUAAUUAUAGCAUUAGUCAUAGUUAAAUUAUAUGUUAUUGCUGAUAAAAAUCAAUAAAAGUCCAACAAGUAAA